AUGCAAGCAGCCGAGAAGAGUUCAUGGACAUUUGGCGAGGUGUACUGCACCAUGUUAGUGGCGUGCAUGAGUGGGACCUGGAUCGUGCUGAACCGCAGAUGGCUGAAGGAUGUGGAGAAGUUCCUCACAUUUCGGACCACCUCACAGCUGGAAUCAUUCCAAAACCAUAUUCUGAUCUUUGGACUACAAUCACCACAACAGCCGUCCGGCACAUGUGAACAGCAAAGGCCAAGUGUCCCUAAAGAGACUGUACAGCAAAAAAUCGAAACGGUAUCGGCACUUUAUACAGAGAGACAGGUCCUGGCAGAAUUUAACCAGAUCACCAGCUCCAAACUGGGCAAUGAUUUCGUUGAAGCAUUGGAUUGCCUAACGACACAGUUCAUCAGGCUCUUUAAGGCCAAAAGGGGGUCUGCUGGCGCUAAGCUUUCCAAGAUUGUCCGGCACCUCGAUUCCUGUCAGAGGAGAUGGAGAAAGGAGAAAGGUACACAUCAAAAGAGAUGGUGGAACUGCAGGAAAACCCUGGUGACCGAGAGAUCCUUAAAGAUUAUAAUUCUGUGA